UACGGCAUCGUGUCGCUUAACAAAGGUAUCCAUAGAUUCCAUACGUGCGCACAUCUUAUCAUUCCCUUUGGUCGUCCCCUUUUUCCAAAUCCUCAGGACACGUACGAGAAGGUACCUAGGAAAUAGCGAAAAUGGACAACCAACCUGGUUCCCAGAAAUCUUCGAUUAUUCCAGGAUCUGGGAAAGUCAACAAUUGGGCAGCCUCACCAUCGCAUCUAUGCUAUCACUUUGGUACAAGUGGGCUUUCUGUUGCGGUUGCCACUGGUGUCACCCAUCCUCUAGAUGUACUCAAAGUCAGGCUACAAAUGCAACUUGUUGGCCAGAGAGGUCCUCUAACAGGAAUGGGAAAUUUAUCAGUUCAUAUAUUGAAGAAUGAAGGACCAAGGUCUAUGUAUCUAGGAUUGGCACCUGCAUUGACAAGGUCGGUUGCUUAUGGUGGUCUUCGUUUAGGCUUGUAUGAGCCCUCGAAAUAUGUUUGUGAACAGGUUUUUGGGUCCACCAAUAUCUUUGUUAAGAUUGCAUCUGGAGCAUUUGCUGGUGGUUUUGCAACCGCACUGACCAAUCCAGUUGAGGUUGUAAAGGUGCGGUUACAAAUGAACCCAAACUUGAGAAGAGGACCGAUUGGAGAACUGCGCAGAAUUGUUUCUGAGGAAGGAAUUAGAGCUCUGUGGAAGGGGGUUGGCCCUGCCAUGGUCAGGGCUGCUUCUAUGACUGCAUCACAGCUGUCAACAUAUGAUGAAUCCAAGCGGAUUUUGAUCAGGUGGUCACCACUUGAAGAGGGAUUUCAUCUUCAUCUCAUCUCAAGUAUGGUUGCAGGCACUGUCAGCACCCUCAUAACUGCACCAAUGGACAUGAUUAAAACCCGUCUCAUGUUGCAACGAGAAUCUAAAGAAGUUGGGAACUACAAAAAUGGAUUUCACUGUGCAUAUCAGGUUUUGCGCACUGAAGGUCCCAGGGGACUUUACAAGGGGGGGCUUGCAAUAUUUGCAAGAUUGGGUCCACAGACUAUGAUUACCUUCAUACUUGUUGAGAAGUUACGCAAGCUUGCUGGAUUAGAUGCAAUCUAGCCAUGGGAUUUGUCUUUUUGCAACUGCCAUCAUUUUCUUGCCGUAAUGGCUUUAUUGUAGCAUGGGGGGACAAACACCAUCAUUGCCAGAAAGUCCCAGUUAAGAGGGAAUUUAUUGUAGUAUUCAUAUCCAAAAUUUUUGGGGUGACUGAGAAAUGUCAUGCCAUUACAAAGGAACCGGAAAAUUCAUUUUGAGUUCCAGAGUUGCAGUGGUCUAGGAUUGAAUCACUGAUUUUGUUGUAAUAAUAAUAUACUUAAACCUGUCCCCACUUUUUUUUUCCCGGGGUCUCAGGCUAGAUUCAAUUGGAACAGAAUAUCCUUGUACUUUGAUGUUGUUUUACUAUCAUGGUUGUUGUAUUAAUAAAUGAUUGGUGACUUACUCAUUCUGACUUGAAUGAAAUCCAGCAAAGUUAGCCAAUCCUCAUUAUUUUUUCAA